AAAACUGUUGCUACGUGAAUAGGGAACUGGCAAUCUUACAAUUUCAUUAACAAAAACGUGUCUCCUCUUUCUAGUUCUUCACAUGAUUAGAUGAAGAUUGUUUUUUAAACAAGCAGUGUUUUUAUAAGCGUGCUAAAGAAUCACUUGUUUUCCAAACAUACACUAUUGCUGCUAGUAGACAUGUGACGUGGUUAUAUCCGUUGUUUCCUCACAAAGCCUUCAAUUCGUAGGAAAGGCAAAUGUAAAAGAAAAUGCUUUUAGACUUGAACAACUUCAAUCCAGCAACACGGGAUGUAUUCAAUCGUGGAAUAUAAAGGUUUGAAGUCCGAUUAUCAUUGUGGAUACUGCGGCCAGGACGACGGAAAGGCAUCCAUGGGUAUGUGGGCUCAUACUAUGACUGUUCAAGAUUAUCAAGAUCUAAUUGACCGAGGUUGGAGGAGGAGUGGUAUGUACGUUUAUAAGCCUGUAAUGAAUCGAACAUGUUGCCCUCAGUAUGCAAUAAGAUGCCAUAUUUUGGACUUCAAACUUGCAAAAUCCUCAAAGAAAGUAUUAAAAAAAAUGACACGGUUCCUUUUCAAAGGAGAAGGAGCAAAAGGAGAUGGUAUUGAACCUAUGGAUUCCUACAAUGAAGAUAUUGGAAUUGGUCAUCAACCUGCAACAUGUACCUCAGAAGUUAAUAUAGAUCUGGAGAAACCUUUGAAGAUUGUGAGCCUUGAAGAAAUACCUAAGUCAGCUGAAGUACUUGAGAAUCCUCAAACAGACAGUGCUGAUGAUAACAGGGACCCAGGCCAAAAACAUUCAUCUGCAGAGGCAAAUGACUCUACUGAGUCAUGUAAAAGUGUUCCUAAACCAGGCAGAGGAGCUGAUCCAAAUAAACCACCAUGCCGCAAAGCGAAAGAUGUUCGGAGAGAGAGAAAAUUAAAAAAGCUGCUUCAGAAACAGCAACAGAUAGAAAUGGCUGAUGUCUCCCAACACCAAGAAACCUCUUGUGACAGCCCUAAUACUCUCCUCUUGCAACAUCGUGCCCCACAAGCAAAUCAGCCAAAAUCAUUGGAAGAAUUUAUUUCUGAAUCUUUAUCUCCAGAUGCAGUGCAUCAAUUAGAGUCAUCACAAUCUGGAGAAAAUGCAGAUUUGCUGUUGAUGCUUGGUAAUGGCACAAAAAUCUUGAAGAUAAAACUCAUUCAUUUAAAGAAUUUGUAUGGAAGAGAUGGCAGCAAUUUUACUUUCCCAACUGCAUUUGCGGUGAGGCUAGUGAGGUCAUCUCCACCAAACUCCCAGUUCACAGCAACUUUUCAGGAGUCUUACCAGGUCUAUAAACGGUACCAGAUGGCCAUCCACAAGGACCCCCCUGAUAAACCAACUGAACAGCAGUAUACGCGAUUCCUUUGUCAGUCUCCACUCCAGGCAGAGAAUCCACCUGAUGGUCCUGAUUCAGGUUAUGGAUCAUUUCACCAACAGUACUGGUUGGAUGGGAAGAUUAUCGCAGUGGGAGUAAUUGAUAUUCUUCCUCGUUGUGUCUCCUCUGUGUACCUUUAUUAUGAUCCAGAUUAUGCAUUCUUAUCAUUGGGUGUUUAUUCUGCAGUCAGGGAAAUUGCUUUUACUACUGAGCUACAGAAGACAGUCCCCGAUCUGUGUUAUUACUACAUGGGCUUCUACAUCCAUUCGUGUCCUAAAAUGAAGUACAAGGGUCAGUACCAUCCAUCCUACUUGUUGUGCCCAGAGACGUAUAUCUGGGUACCCAUUGAGAAGUGCAAGACAAAAUUAGACCAGUCUAAAUAUAGCCGGCUCAAUGAAGAUCCAAGUGCUGAAGAUGAAAACAGUCUCCAAAACCUGAAUAAAGUUCUGAUACUGUACAGGAAUACAGUCAUGCCUUAUAACAUCUAUCGGAAACGGCAGAAGAGAGUUAAUGAUGAAGCUGCAGUACAACAAUAUGCAAGUCUGGUUGGGCAGACCUGUGCAGAACGUAUGGUGCUUUAUCGAAACUAAAUACAAUAUUUUUAAUGUUAAAGUUGUACAAUUAAUAUAACAUGGUAUACUGAGAUAAUGCUGUGUAAUAUAAGAAUACAUAGUGUGUUAAAUAUGGUUUGCACAUAUAAGUAUCUUACACAAAAUUUAUAAUGGUAUAUCAUCCUCAAAUUUUUCUAGACUAUAUUAGAUCAUUUCAAUUUUCUUUGGGCAGAAUGUUAUCAUAAACAUUUUACAACAAUGUGAUGUUUAAUUUAGGAUUCUUUCAUUUUGGCUUUCUAUUCCUCUACUUUUCCUUUUGUGCUCUUCUAUUUUUCUGAAUUUAUCCUAAUUCCUUCCACACUUUUUCCCCCUCACUUCACUCUUUAUUUAUUUGACUUGCCUUGUAAAUUCUUCUUUUCCAUUCUUAUUUUGUCACGUCUGUGAAUGAGCAGCUGAACAAUGGCCUUAAUAACUGCUCAUGAUGCCACUUGUUAUCCACUGGAUAUUAAGUUUAUUCCAUGCAAGCACAUUUUCUUUGUUUAGAUUGCAAUCUUUAUAGUAAUGAUUAGGAAUAUUGCAGUUUUGAACAGGAUAGGAAAUUUCAUCAUAAUUGAAGGUCCUGUAGCUAUUGUGGUAUGCUAGAAAGUUGCUGCAGCCAACUUUGUGGUUAAAUGUUUGAUUUUUUUAAAAUAUUCUGUAGAUUGGAAGCUGUACAUAAAUCCAUGGCCUCUCUGGCAGGUCAAAAAAAAACAUGAAAUAACAGAUUUGCUUUUAUCAUCUGAGCUCAAAUAGAAAAGUGAUGUAUACAAGAUUACAUAUUGUGGCAAGAGGGAGUGACCUUUGCAAAGGAUGUAUUUAAUUUCUUUUGCUGCGAAGUGUUUUGAAGAAGUUAAAAUUUAGUGGGAAAGGUUUCCUAUAUCACUUGAGUAAUGGUGUUGAAAACUGAUCAAUUAGAAAGGAGAAUACAGACCCAUCUACAGAACAAUCAAUGGGAAAAUAAACUGGGUCAAUGGUUACAAUAUGCAUAGUUAAUACAGUUUGCACAUACUUGCAAAAUUUGCAAUGGUUUAUCAUACAUAGUUAUUAUUAUAGAUGUAUUGUAUUCACCUGGCAAUUCAAAAUAAAUGCAAAUGCUUCUCUGGGA